AUGUUAGUGGAAGAGUCUAUGAACGGUGCUCGCCAGCGCAAUUUGCUACGAUACAUGCUCAACUCGAAGGUAUUCAAAUUCGGUGAUUUCGAACUGAAAAGUGGAAUGAGGUCGCCAAUUUACAUAGAUUUACGAGAGUGUUUUGGGUAUUCAGACAUCAUGGAUCUCGCAUCGGAUGGUCUCAAAUCCUUAAUAGAGAAAGCGGAUAUAUUAGUGGAUGGGAUCGUUGGAGUACCAUAUGCUGCAUUACCUUAUGCAACGUUGGUGUCGUGCCGUCUUAGAAAACCGCUCUUAAUUGUUCGCAAGGAGGCGAAGGAUCACGGUACCAAGAAAAUGAUCGAAGGCCUUUAUCAGAAAGGUAAUCGAGUGGUUAUCAUCGAAGAUGUAGUUACAACUGGAGGGAGUGUAAAAGAAGUGGUGAAAACAUUACGUGGUGUGGGUCUUGUGGUAGAAGAUGUGUUCUGUUUGCUCAAUAGGGAGCAGGGCGGUCCCAAGAAGCUCGAAGAAGAAGGAAUUACUCUUCACAGCCUUUUCAACAUGGAAACUGUUCUCUCCUUUUUGCUCUCCGUAGAUGCCAUCGACAAAGAGACUUCAUUGGGAAUCAUCGAGGCACUGAACCUUCCCUUCAAAGAAGUGAAGCGUUUUGAAAUCUCUCCCGAAAUGGAAAAUUUGGCGUCUUUCCCUAUGUCCAAUUUGGGUCGCCUUCCACUAGAAGAACGUGCAAAGGAAGCUAUGUGCUCUAUGAACAAGAGGAUUUUCUCUCUUAUGUUAAAGAAAAACUCGAAUCUCUGUCUAGCUGUUGAUUACACUGAAGCGGAAAAGAUCCUCGAACUUGUUGACAAAGCCGGUCCUUUUGUCGUAGCUGUCAAAGUUCAUGCUGAUGCUAUAGUGGACUUUUCGAAAGAGUUCACAACACGGCUGGUCCGACUGGCAAAUGACCAUGACUUUGUGAUUUUCGAGGACAGGAAGUUCGGUGAUACUGGGAAUACUAACCUCCUACAACUGAAAGGCGCUCUUCGUGUGGCCGAAUGGGCUGACGUUGUUACUGUUCAUAUAGUCCAAGGGUGUGACUCGAUAGGAUCGGUGUUUCGUCAGGUUAUACUCGAUCCCGCCUACCGCCUUAGUGGGGUGCUUCUUAUUGCCCAACUGAGCACAAAAGGUUCGCUCACAGCUCUUCCCGGCUACACGGAAGCUGCUGCGGAAAUGGGUGAAGCGAAUCGUGAUGUCGUCUGCGGUUUCAUAUGUCAGGCUCGUGUUUCGCCCCAUCCAGACAUGCUUCAUUGGACUCCAGGGGUGAACUUGGACUCAACUUCUGACAACAAGGGGCAACAAUGGAGAGGCGUAGACGAGGCCAUUGGGCGUCAACAGAACGAUAUCGUAAUAGUUGGACGAGGAGUGACCGCAAGUGCCAACCCCAUACAAGAGCUAACCCGAUAUCGGGAACAGGCUUGGUCUGCGCUGGUUCUGAAGAAUUAG